ACUUUUGACUCAAAAGCUCAUUAUCGCUUUCUGCUCACACAUCGCGGGGUAUCAAUUGCCCAAACAAAUUCUUUUCUUUCUCUCUCCUCACAAAUAAGGUACUCACUCUUGGAAACAAUUUUUUAUAUGCCAAAUUCACCCUUUUCUGAUCGCCAGCUUUUCUAAUCCUCCCGUCAAAGAUCACCGAUCAUGUCUCUCACGAAUGCAACCCCUCUUGAAGUUGCGCAGGCCGCAUCUUUAUCUUCCCGAACCCUUGCUGUCCUCCCAAAUGACGCACGCAAUGAGGCAUUGACUUCGAUUCACAAAGCUCUCUCAGAUGCAAAAGAAGAAAUUUUGGCAGCGAACGCUCGAGACCUGGAAACAGCAAACAAGGCGGUUCUCAAUGGAGAACUUAGCCAAAGCGUUCUCAAGCGUCUAGACCUGGGCCGCAAGGGCAAAUGGGAGGACAUGCUGAAGGGCAUUCUGGAUGUCCGAGACCUUGAAGAUCCGAUGGGCAAGGUCACACUACGGACGCUGCUUGAUGACGGCCUGACUCUUGAGCGAGUUACUUGCCCAAUCGGUGUCCUUCUGAUCAUCUUCGAGGCGCGUCCCGAAGUCAUUGCCAAUAUUGCUUCUCUGGCCAUUAAGUCGGGCAACGCCGCAAUUCUGAAGGGCGGCAAAGAAUCCACCGAGUCCUUCGUCGCAAUUUCCACCGUCAUCUCACAAGCCCUGGACACAACAUCCGUCCCCAAAGGCUCCAUUCAACUCCUCAAGACACGCGACGUGAUCCCAUCUCUACUUUCGCUUGACCGAUAUAUCGAUCUUGUUAUCCCCAGAGGCUCAAAUGACCUCGUGCGGUACAUUAAGAAUAACACUCGAAUUCCGGUUCUUGGCCACUCGGAUGGCAUUUGCCAUGUCUAUAUUCACGAUGAUGCGGACAAGGACACCACUGUCAAGGUUGUAGUCGACUGUAAGACGGAUUACCCUGCCGCAUGCAACGCAGUGGAGACGCUUCUUGUCCAUGAACAUGUUUUGUCGACAGUCCUCCCUGCUGUUGCGGAAGCUCUCUUAGCUAAGGGUGUUUCCCUGCGAUGCGACGAACAUUCUAAGGCUGCUCUAGCUGCUGCUCUUCCCAAGCACCUCGCAGUGCUGCUGCAGGACGUCUCAGAGGCGGACUGGGACACUGAAUACACGGACCUCAUUCUCUCGAUCAAGACCAUCCCUACAACAGACUCUGUCUCAAAAGCCAUUGAUCAUAUCAACAGACACUCUUCACAUCACACGGAUGCGAUCCUGACUACGUCCGAAGAGACUGCCAACAAGUUUUUGGCGGGCGUGGACAGUGCUGACGUCUUCUGGAACGCAAGCACGCGCAUGGCGGACGGCAUGCGCUUCGGAUUUGGCACGGAGGUUGGCAUCAGCACGAAUAAAAUUCACGCCCGAGGUCCUGUAGGUCUGGAGGGUUUGAUGGUCUACAAGUACCUGAUCCGGGGAAAUGGCCAUGCUGCUGGGGAUUAUUUUGAGGGCGAAGGAGGAAAGAAGUGGAAGCAUCAGCGUUUGGCAUUCUAGAUUACCCCCCUUAUACCUAAAAGUUGUAGAGUGUGCGUGACACCACAGGUCCU